GGCGGCAGUUGGCAGUAUUGGCACACGUGCUAUGCGCACAUUUAAAAAUGGCGCUCUUUAGCCGUGCUAAUUCGAAUGCCUUUUCCUUAUUAAAUCACUGUUAUUGCAAAAAGUUCAUGAUGGGCACGAAUAGAUUAAAAUCGCGCAAUCGCCUCUCGAUAUCGUCAACCAUCCUGCAACACAGGAACAAUAAACAAAAUACAGAAGCGGUCGGACUCGAGGCUGAAAUCAUCAAGAGAAGAAACCAGGCAUGUCGAAGCUUAUUGAUACAAGUAUACUCAUCGAAAUCACACAACGAUCUCCAUAACUAUUGCUCACGGUUUGGAGACGUCUUGAGUAUGCAUCACUAUCAAAUAAAUAGUCAGCAUGUAUGUCAGAAUUAUAUCUUGGUCGAGUUUGAAGACAUAUCGUCGAUAAAUGAAGUUAUGUCGUCUGCUUCCUUUGUAAACGGAGAUUACAUUGCUCCCGUAAAAUCGUCGGUGUUGUGGUUCCGUAAAGGACAAGUUGCUGCUUUACAGAGAAAUAGUAAGAAAAAGACAACCCUGUCUGUGGAGAAUGGUUGUUCGUUGCCUACUGACCAGGAAAUUUGGGACGUAUCUGAGACAUUUAGCCCUGUAAAACUCGUAAUCUCCGUUUCGCAGAUAUCAGGACAGAUAAUAGUUCUCUAUGAGGCGCUGAAACUGACUGAUUUAGAAGUAAGACUAAGAUUUCACACCGCUCACCACUUAGAGCACUACUUCUCUCGGCUAUUUCAGAAUAUGAAAGUUCUGCCAUUCGGCUCUUCUGUAAAUGGUUUCGGAAGGAAAAGAUGUGAUCUUGAUUUAGUUCUUGUUCCCGACGACAGUGAAGAACAUAAUGCCACGAGUAGAUUAGUAUUUCACUCGAAAUCUAUGAGGCAUAACGAUAGGACUGAAACAAAAGAGUUUCUGGGAAUACUUGCGAAUACCAUGCAGCACUUCAUCCCUGGAGUUUUCAAUGUAAGAAAGAUCCUGGAGGCUCGAGUACCUAUAAUUAAAUUCCGCUACGACUACACGCAUACUGAAUGUGACUUAAGUGCGACAAAUAUGACUGCCAUAUACAUGACCGAAUUAUUAAAUUUGUACGGAGAGAUAGAUUGGCGGGUAAGACCGCUUGUUAUAGCGAUACGGGUAUGGGCGAAGAGUCAGGAAAUAACGUCCGAUGUACCGGGGCAAUGGAUAACAAACUUCCCUCUUACGUUGCUGGUGCUGUUCUACUUACAACAGAAGAAAAUAUUGCCGUCCUUAAAAACGUUGAAAUUGUAUGCAACGCGCAGUGACAUUCGUUGCGCAGAGAAUGGCAUCGAUUGCACUUUCUUACGGGAUAUUAACAAAUUGCCAGCCGAUUACAAAUAUAAGCCGAAUCAGGACACUCUGGAGACGCUUCUGCAUGGUUUCUUCGAGUAUUAUUCGACGUUCGAUUUUAAUGUGUAUGGGAUAUGCAUUCGCGAGGGUACGCAGAUUCGAAAACCGUCACGCUCGGCACUCCAUAUUACCAAUCCCUUAGAAACGACGUUGAACGUCUGCAAAAAUGUAAACCUUUAUGAGGUGAAUCGCAUAAUUUCGAUGUCGCACGACGCGAUUUACGCGCUAGAGACUGCCGACAAAUCCACAAGUAGCUGCUGGGGUAUCAUGACUUUAUUGAAAGUAAAUAACGGCAACACGAAUCAGAGGAAAUUGAACAGCACGGAGAAACAACGUAUCGAAGAAAAAUUCCCGGAGAAUCAUUCCUACGAAAUUUCUGACAAGUUCGAAGUUAGCGAAGUCAAUAUCGAUGAGACAGAAACGAAGAAGAAAGAAACAGUAUGAUACUCGAAUGAAUAGCGACAAAAUGUGUACUUUAUCUCUGCAGAAAUACGUACGCUGUAUAUAUAUUCUGUAUGAGACACUUUCCUUUUUAUACCAAUGAUUUGGUAUUAUCUAUAGUGGUGGUGUCAGAAAAAUAGAGACAUUUUACUUGAGAAGAAGAAAGAGAGCAAAAACGACGGGGAGAACUUUUAAUGCGGUCGAUCGUGUGUACUAUCGUGUGUAUUAUAAUAUGUGAAAAUAGAAGAGAAAUGUACAUAAAAUCGAUAAUUACGUAUAAAUCACGUUACGUAUAUUAGCCUCAAAUAAAUACGCGUAAAAUAUUACACGCAGUUAUCAGAUUAAUUAAUUGGAGACUGUUACAAUAUAUCGUCGCUAUAUUACGUCCGACAAAUUGUGAACGUUGGAGGCCAAAAUGGUGUCUCGUAUUUCAUCAGUGGAAAUUCCUAAUCUGCUUUGUAAAAUUCAACAAGUGGGAAUACCGAAUAUGCAUGUAUCUAUUUUUUAUACAUGUAUGUACAUACAACCGCGAGCACUUGAUGUAAAACUGAAGCGAGCAACGAGGAUCGCUUUCAAUAGACGGA